AUGGCGCAGGCUGACGCCGGCCAUCUUCUCCAUAGUCUGCGCCUGAAUUCAUCAAGUCAUGAACAUGACAUCAACCACAAUGACUCUCCCCCGAACGACAUCUCCGGCGAGGCGAAUAUUUCCUCAGACAGGCCUUCUGCACCAUCCCGCCCAUCGUUCAAGAGCUCGGGUACAAGUCAAGACACCAUUCGCGCAACGGCGACCCCUCCUGUGGACAUACCGGCAAUCAACGAAUCUCCCACGGCGAUCAGAGAUUCAACAAGCCCCUCCAACUACAUAGACCAGUUCAUGCGACGGCGGAACCCAUCCGUCAGCUUCAACAAUGAGAUCAAGUUAGACUCGGGACACCGGCAGAGCAUGCAAGAUCCCUUAGAGAAGCCGUCAAAGGCUCGUGAGCGCGGGCGCUCCUUGUUUCAAGCCAUGGCCGAAGCACAGAAAUCGUCCAGGGCGCACAGUGAGUCAGAGCGGUCACACUAUGAUCCUAUCACAGGCCGGCACCUGCCCAGAUACUCGCAAAGCCCACCGAGAGAACAAGCCCGUGUUGGAGAGGGCCGCUUUCCUUUACUACAGACCACUGUGGAUGCUCUGGCACGAGAAUCCCACCCACAUCUGCCGCAUACCAUGUCGAUGCUCUCUGACUCUGCCUUGUCCUCUGAUGAACAAGCCAUUGCGGUUCCUGAGGACGACAAUUAUUUGCUUUCUCCCGCGGCAGCCUCGCCCAUCGCGAAUCAGGCCUUCUCCUACGACGAGCCCAAACAAUUCCGACGCACUGCAUCACAGAGGUGGCGAGAAGGCGACACCAGCGCCUCUCCGCAAGACUUCUUCGCGCGGGCAGGGAGUUUGCGCAACAAAAGCAUGCGAGAUAUCGCAGGUCGGGCAUCUCGGCGGGAUACAUCUGGCUCUGCACGAUCACCUAGAUCAGCAGCCUCUUCAUACUUGCGGGCAUUUUCUAUGAGUAGCGGGACUAAUGGGGAGGGAGCUGACGCAGGACCCCUCGCCUGCGACUCUGAGGGCCAGACCAUUGGGGAUGAUUACGUGUUAGGCAAGCAGAUUGGAUAUGGCGGUUUCAGCACGAUUAGACAAGUGACACAACUUCAAGACAGUAAGCACCGCAUACUCGCUGUCAAGAUUGUCCGUCGUCAGAUCGAGGGUAAAAAUGAAACGGAGAAUGAGCAAGCCCAGGCCGAGUUUGAACACGAGGUUGAGCUAUGGCGCUUCCUCAACCAUCCCAAUAUCCUCCCUCUUGAGGCAGUCUAUAAACUGGACGACGCGACUUUCUGCUUCAUUCCACUGAAUACAGGAGGAACGCUCUUCGACCUUGUCCGGACCAACCGCAAAGGGGUUCCGCAGGAGCUUUGCAAAAGCUAUUCCUACCAGCUUGCCUCAGCACUGCGUUAUCUCCACCUCGACGCGCGCGUUGUACACCGUGACGUCAAGCUAGAAAAUUGUCUGAUAGAGCCCAGCAUUGAUGGAGGUCCUGGUCUUCUUCGUCUCUGUGACUUUGGGAUGGCGGAGUGGCUAUCGACGGACAGCAUGUCUGGCCCUCCCAGCCCUGAGUUCAACGAUGCCGAUCGGCCUCCCCGGAAACCCUUCGGCCCAGCGGACACCUCGACGUCUGCAUUCGCAGGGGGCAGUCUUGAGUAUGCCGCUCCGGAGAUCCUGCGUAUCGCGGACCGAAUGAAGGCUGAUGUUUCCGUGGAGCGUGCCAUUGUGUCACCCGCGGUUGACAUCUGGGCCUACGGCGUCUGUGUCUACAGCAUGAUUGUAGGCUCGAGACCAUUCCAGAAUUCCUUUCAGCCUCGCGUCGUCAUGGCUAUUCUGGGUGGAGAUUGGAAUCGUGCAGUCCUUUCGGACAAAGGCGGAACCGACGCUCACGAGCUGGUCAGUGGAUGUCUCGAAAUGGAUGAAGCCCUACGCUGGGACAUAACGAGAGUCGUUGAUUGUGCCUGGCUGGAAGAACUUGCAGGCCAAGAGGACAACCAGCAGGGUAUGAAUGGUUGGCGAUUAUGA